AUGAAUGACAAAGAAAUAUCCACCCAGGAGGAGGCCUUCCCUGACCGGGAACGCCGUGGGACCCUCACCUCCAUCAACUUGAACAAGAACCUAGCCGCAAAGAUCUCCAAUCCCCUUUCGGACAUCCCAAGGGAUGUGCUCAUGAAGGACGUCGAAGAUUUUGCAGCCGAACAUGACCUCCACGACAUCGUUCCAGAUCUGAAAAAAGGUGCACUCGUUGCGCAAAACCCCGGUGGCUUUGAUGAAAUGGAAGAGAUCUCCCCGGAGGAGAAAGACGCACUUCGAUUCGAAGUCACGAACAAAUGGAGGCACCCAGGCAAACUCUACAUCACCAUCAUCAUCUGCUCCAUUGGCGCUGCAGUACAAGGAUGGGAUCAGACUGGCUCCAAUGGCGCCAACUUGUCCUUCCCUACCGAGUUUGGCAUCCCCAUUGGUCAGGACAUUCCACAGGACCAGCGUGAACACAAUGAAUGGCUCGUUGGCCUUGUUAACGCGGGACCAUAUAUUGGUUCAGCUUUCCUUGGCUGUUGGCUCUCUGACCCUCUCAACACAUAUCUUGGACGUCGUGGUGCCAUCUUUGUUUCUGCUAUCUUCUGCCUGUUGACCCCGAUCGGUGGUGCGAUCUCGCAAACAUGGGAACAACUCCUGAUCACUCGACUGCUUAUGGGUAUCGGUAUGGGUCUGAAAGGAUCCACUGUGCCGAUCUUCGCUGCCGAGAACUCGCCGGCUACCAUCCGUGGGGCUUUGGUGAUGAGCUGGCAGAUGUGGACUGCCUUUGGUAUCUUCUUGGGCUUCUGUGCAAACUUGGCUGUGUACCGAGUUGGUGAUAUCGCCUGGCGGCUCCAGAUCGGUUCCGCUUUCAUUCCGGCUGUUCCGUUGUGUCUCGGCAUUUUCUUCUGCCCCGAGUCACCUCGUUGGUUUAUCAAGAAAGGCCGCCUCCGCCAGGCCCAUAACUCGCUCCUCCGCCUGCGCAAGCACCCCAUUCAAGCAGCUCGCGAUCUCUACUACAUCAAUGCGCAGAUCUUGGUCGAGAGGCAGGUCAUCGGUCAUUCCAACUAUCUCAGCCGCUUCACCGAGCUUUUCACUAUUCCUCGUGUCCGCCGUGCCUCUCUCGCUGCUUGGACCGUGAUGAUCGCACAGCAGAUGUGUGGUAUCAACAUCAUCGCCUUCUACAGUAGCACGAUUUUCCGUGAGGCUGGUUUCGACGAGUUUGCCGCCCUGAUGGCCAGUUUCGGAUUUGGUCUGGUCAACUUCGUCUUCGCUUGGCCCGCGUUCUUUACCAUUGACACCUUUGGACGAAGAAGUCUGCUGCUCUUCACCUUCCCUCAGAUGACCUGGACCUUGUUGGGAGCCGGGUUGUCAGCCCUGAUUCCAAGAUCCAACCCCGCACAUCUUGGUCUGGUAGCCAUGUUUGUCUUCCUCUUCGCAGCUUUCUACUCACCUGGUGAGGGUCCAGUGCCCUUUACAUACUCUGCCGAGGUGUUCCCCCUUUCGCAUCGUGAAGUGGGCAUGGGUUUCGCCGUUGCCACGUGUUUCGGGUGGUCUGCCGUGCUGUCCAUCACCUUCCCCAGUCUUCUCGGCGCUUUCGGUGUGACUGGAGCAUUCGGCUUUUAUGCUGGUAUGAAUGUUCUCGCUCUCAUCAUGAUCUUCUUCUGGGUGCCCGAGACCAAGGAGCGCACUCUGGAAGAACUCGAUUACAUCUUCGCUGUCCCCGUCCGCACAUUUGCCCGCUACCAGAUCAGCACUGCGCUACCCUGGUGGUUCAAGCGCUGGGUGCUCUUCAACAAGAACGCCACCCUCAAGCCUCUCUACACAUUCGAUAGCGGUCUUGCUGAUCGUAAGGCCAUGCUCAGGAAGACUGGCAAGGUUUGA